CCAUAUCACAUCCACAAAGACAUUACCAAAAAGACAGAACCAAAGCUUCGGAAAAAAAAUUCAGACAAUUCAACGAAACGAAGAAGAUGUCAGUAGCUUCACCGAUUCAAUGUAUCAGGAUUCUAAAUCCAUCAUCAUCAACUUCUUCAUCAUCUUCUACCUCAACAUCUUUUAGAUUCUCAACGAAUACUAAGCCAUGUGUAUUCAUCAUCAGAUGUUCUCAGACAGAAGGUCCUUUGAGAAGGCCCUCGGCUCCUCCUACUCUCCGGGAGCCGCAAAAACCUGUUCCUCCAUCGCAGCCUUCAUCCGCUCCAUCACCAUCACCACCGCCGCCGACGCCGCAGAAAGCUGUGGCUGUUGAUGGGAAGAGUGUAACUACGGUUGAGUUUCAGAGACAGAAGGCUAAAGAGCUUCAAGAGUACUUUAAAAAGAAGAAGCUUGAAGCUGCUGGUCAAGGUCCCUUCUUUGGUUUUCAACCCAAAAAUGAGAUCUCUAAUGGAAGGUGGGCAAUGUUUGGUUUCGCAGUUGGGAUGCUCACAGAGUAUGCAACAGGAUCUGACCUGGUCGACCAAGUUAAGAUCCUUCUUUCGAAUUUCGGCAUUCUAGACUUGGAAUAAUAAGAGUGUUAUUAUAUAUAUAGACAGACCUCUUCUCUCUUGUCUCCAAUUCCUCUACUUGUUGUUGAUUCUUCUUCCUGUAUAUGUAAGUAUCUCCAAGAUCUUACCUAAAAAAUACAGGACCAUUUGUGUAUUCAAUCACUUUUAUCUUCAAAUGGUAUAAAUACGACCUUUGUAUC